AAAAAUCUUCAUAGGUUGACAUUGGAGAAGGGUAAGAUCGAUAUUUUAAGAGAGCAAAGCAUCCGGAUAAAAAGGAUCUCUGUUUUUGCUGUCUUGGUCUGAUUUUGCUGAGAAAAGUAACCUUCGAACCCUAGAUCAUCAUCGUCUUAAACGCAAUGGCGUCGAGAAUUGCAGCAAGAUACGUAUCCAGAAGGUUCUCGAGCGGUGGAAAAAUCCUCAGUGAAGAGGAAAAGGCUGCAGAGAACGUUUACAUCAAGAAAACUGAACAGGAGAAGUUGGAGAAGCUUGCACGCAAGGGCCCUAAACCAGAAGAAACAUCAACAGGCUCAAGUGGGUCAGUGGCUGAGGCCAAAACCAAUGGCCCUGCAUCAUCAACAUCUGGUGGUGUAUCAACAGACAAGAAUCGAAACUAUGCAGUUCUGGCAGGUGUCAUAACGGGUCUUGGUGUAUUGGGCUGGUAUCUCAAAUCAAGCUCCAAGAAGCCGGAAGAAGUCCAGGAUUGAGAGGUCAGGCGUAUCAAAGGAGGAACAGGUGAAGGCAGUCAGGUUUUUGUGUUAGGUUGGAUCUACGUAUCAGGCUUUCUAAAAGUGCUACUUGAGGAACACAAAUCAGAAUUGAGAUCUUGAUGACUCUUUUCUGUUGUUAUUCCCUUAAUAUGUUGUUGGUUGAUGCACACCAUCUCUAUAGAUAUUUUAUGCCAUAAGGGGGUUGCCAAGAAAAUGUGCACCUUUCAUUC